AACAGUUUAAAGAAGAAAAUGUAAAUAAAAAAUGUUUGCUCAAAAAUGUAUUUUUCGGCUUUUGAAAUACUGUCAGUGUAAUCAAGUGAGAAAUGUUCACAUUUCCGUGAUCGGCGCCGGGAACGACGUAGGAUUGAACUUGGGAUUGUUGUUGAAAACUAACCAGAAGGUAACCAGGCUCCACCUGUACGAUGACGACGACAAGAUUUACGGAGUAGGCUGCGAACUGAACAACAUCCCCGGAGGUCCGGUGGUGGAGUCGUUCGCGGGCGACCAGCAGCUGGGGCUCGCGCUGCGCGACUCCGACCUCAUCGCGCUGGUCGCCCGCUCCCCGCGCAAACUCACCACCACGCCGCACCAGAUGAUCAUCGAGAACGCACCCGCCAUACAAAAAGUCUGUUUAACCAUCGCUAAUCACAAUCCUGAAGCGUUGUUCGCUAUUUCCACGGAUCCUAUAAACUGUAUAGUGCCUUUUGCGAGCGCUUUACUGACGACCUACAAUUGUUACAAUCCUUUCAAAGUGUUCGGCAUCACGCACAUCGACACCGCGAGAGCUCGCGCGUUUGCCGGCAAGAUGCUGGACGUGGAUCCCAAGACACUGAGACUUCCCGUCGUCGGCGGUCAUUCUGAUAAAACUAUAGUGCCUUUAUUUUCUAAUUUAGAACCCUCCUGUUAUUGUAUUAGUUCGGAACAGGCCGAUAUGUUGACGCGGUUCUUGAGGACGGCCGAUAAAGACGUUAUAAUUAAUAAACAAGGCACAGAAUCGGCCACAUUGGCUAUGGCGUGGUCGAUCCAUGAGUUUAUCGACUCGAUAGUAGACGCAAUUAACGGGAGAGAAGUGAUAGUGAAUUCGUACAGUCCGAACCUGAUGUUCGGGACGCGAUAUUUCUCUGGGCCCGUGAAGGUGGGCGCCGACGGCAUCACGGCGUGCCUCUGCGACUACCACAUGAACGACUUCGAGCGCGAGCUCCUGACAGCGGCGCUGCCCCUCAUACAGGAGGAUGUUUCAAAAGGAGAAGAAUACGCCGGCGUUGUCAAAACUUUAGGUUGUUACCAUACUUGACCCAAGAUAAA